GGGAGGCGCGGGCAAGUUCUGUCCCCAAACUUCCAGCUGCGUCUUGCUGGGCGCGAAGAGAAGCCACCGGUUGGACCGCUCGUGCGUCGUCGUCCCCCCCCCCCCCCCGCCCUACUUGGGACCGGCACCGACCGAUCGGGACCUCACGUUUCCAGUUUGGAUUGAGCUUUGAGCCUCGGGACUGACUGACCGCACCUCGGCUCACGUAAGCAUCCUAAGGUGUGGGAGGUAGGGGGAGCCCAGUUUUGAACUCGUUGCAGGGGGAGAUUCCCUGCAAGGAGUUGGCUCACCUCUUGACUUGGGGAGGUGACUAUCAGUCAUCCAAGCACUGUUGCUGGAGCUCCUGGCACCCCCCCGAAAAAAAAAGCACACACACCCUCCACCUCCAAGAGGAGAAGCUGAGAGUGCUUGGUUUGGGCUCCUUGCCCCCCCAGCCCAGAUUCCACCCUGGAGAUCUUAAAGACUCUCGAGAAAAGCCAUGUGGGAGGCUGGUUCCCCUGGGGCUUCCUGCCGUCCCCGGAUAGUUUGAUUCUCUGGAGUGUCCCCGACGUCUGCAAGGAUGUCGAUCUGGACGUCCUCGUGGAAGCCUUAAAACCCGUGGGCACCUUCAAGAAGAUCGGCAAGGUGUUCCGCAGGGAGGAGGACUCCACCGUGGGGAUGUUGCAGAUCGGGGAGGACGUGGACUAUCUGCUCAUCCCCCGAGAGGUCAGGCUGGCCGGGGGCGUGUGGAGGGUCAUCUCGAAGCCUGCCACCAAGGAAGCCGAGUUUCGAGAGCGUCUGACCCAGUUCCUGGAGGAAGAGGGCCGCACCCUGGAGGACGUGGCUCGCAUCAUCGAGAAAAGCACCCCACACCCACCCCAGCCCCCCAAAAAGCCCAAGGAGCCCCGAGUGAGGAGAGUCCCGCAGAUGGUCACUCCUCCACCUCGGUUGGUCGUGGGCACCUACGACAGCAGUAACGCCAGCGACAGCGAGUUGAGCGACUUGGACGCCCCCAGAGUCCAGGGCAACGGAAGGGGCCCCCAGAGCGCCAAGAAGGUGCGCAGGAUACCCGUCAGUUACCUGGGCAGCAAGUUCCUGGGCAGCGAGCUGGACAGUGGGGAUGACGACGAGCUGGUGGAGGCCUUCCUCCGGCGAGGGGACAAGAAGGCCAGCGCGCCCCCUCCUCGCCGCAAAGUCAACCUGCCCGUGCCCAUGUUCGAGAACAGCCCGGGACCCCAGCCAUCAUCCAAGGCGGAAAGGUGGCGGGACUAUGUCAGCCAGGUGUCCUGGGGGAAGCUGAGGCGGAGGGUGAAGGGCUGGGCGCCCAGAUCCGACUCCUCCGGGGUGGGCGAAGCCAGGCAGGCCUCCACCGGAGCUGAGCGAGCUGCGUCCCCGAGAAGCACCACCAGUCGGGGCGGUGACCAGGGACACGUCGCAGGAGACGCGAGCGCGAGUGAGCCCUGCGCCAGACGGUGGAGGCCCAAGGUCAAGUGGGCAUCCUUCCGGCGUCGGGGCAGGAGGGAGGAGGCUGUACCCCCAGCCCAGGAGGAAGGCCUGCGGGCCGAGGAACCCCCACAGGUUGCAGAGAAUCAACGGGCAGAGGCUCAGGCUAGUCAGAGGGCAGUGGCUCCAGCUGGUCGUGUUGCAGAGAAUCAGCGGGCAGAGGUCAUAGCCGUCCAGGGGGCAGAGGCCCCAGCUGACCAUGUUGUGGGGAAUAAUCAGCGGGCAGUGGCUCCAGAUGAGCAGAGAGCAGAAGCUGCAGGUAAUCAGAGGCUGGAGGCCCCAGCUACCCAGAGAGCGAGAGCCCCAGGUGACCAAGGGGAAGUAGUGGGUGCCCAGGCCGUCCAGCAAGCCGCGGGCAGCUUGAGUGUCCCGCAGGCAGCCCCCGCUGCCAGGACCCGGAAACAGGUCAAGACAGUGAGGUUCCAGACUCCUGGACGCUUCUCGUGGUUUCGAAAGCGCCGGAGGGCCUUCUGGCACACCCCUCGGUUGCCAACCUUGCCCAAGAGAGUGCCCAGGGCAGGCGAAGCCAGGACCCUCAGGGUGCUGAGAGCAGAGGCUAGAGUCGAAGUGGAGCAAGAAGACCAGCUGUGAGAGGAGAGGCCCCGUGACCCCCAGGACCUCACCACCAGCCCUGUGGUCAGCAGCUAGGACGCCUCCCCGCCCCCUGGCAGCGCUCCAGACUUGCAGCCACAGAGCUGGGUAGUGCCUCCUACAUCUCCACCCAACCACCCUCUUUCCUUUUUUUAAAUUUUUUUUUUUUUUUUUUUUUUUUCUGAGAUAGGAUCUUGCUAUGCAGCCCAGGCUGGUCUUCAAUUCACAGCAAUCCACCUGCCUCAGAUUCCAGAGUGCUGGGAUUACAGCAUCGUUUCUGGCUCCAGUGACCCUCUUUAUUGUCUUAAUCUAUUGUACAUUGUUUUUUCUUUUCUUUUUGUUUUUGUUUUGAGGUAUGGUCUCGCUCUAGUCCAGGUUUACCUGGAACUCACUCUGAACUCCCAGGCUGGCCUUGAACUCAAAGCGAUCCUUCUACCAAUGCCUCUCCGAGUGCUGGGAUCAAAGACAUGUGUCACCACACCCGGCUUUGUACUUUUUGAUUAGAAAAAAAAAAAAAAAAAGUAUUGACUAUCCCACUCCAAAGAAUGUCAGGAAACUGCUAAGAACCCGAUUGUCUGGCUGGUGGAUUUAACUUCUGCAAGUGUUCAGCUAGGCAGAGCAGGGUGUGUGGGUGGGGGCGCUGGGCACUAGGUUGGUCCAUCCUUUCUUUUGUGGCCUACACUAAUUCUGACAGCCCCCUUGCGUUUGAAAGUAGGGCUCUGACCUAUAUGCAAAUAAAGAUGGUUACAAGGUGA